GAAUCCCGACGCGCCAUACUUAAUUUCGUGAGAAAAUUACCAACACAACCAAAACUGUCUUAUUACGCCACCAGUGUAUUUUACGUCGUGUAUACAAACUACUUCUAGCUGCUGAAUUUGCUCUUAGCUUGAUAAAUCUAAGCAAACAUGUCGAUGAAUAAGUUCAUGCACCCGAGAAAUAUUUACCGUCAGCCACCGAACUUUGAUGUAUUAGUUCGCCAGUUCCCAGAGAUGAAUAAUGUUGUUUCCGUUGGAUUAGAUGGACGCAUUAAACUAGAUUAUAAAAACAGGAUUGCUCUCCAAUUACUUACCCGUUGUUUAUUAAAGCGGGACUUUGAUCUGGACAUCGAAUUACCAUCAGAUAAAUUAAUUCCAACACUACCUUUGCGUUUGAACUAUGUGCUUUGGUUGGAGGAUUUCGAAACAGCAUUCAAAUGGAAUUUGGAUGAUAAACAGCCACGUGGCCUCGAUAUCGGAUGUGGUGCCUCCUGCAUCUAUCCUAUUUUGUGUAUAAUCAUGUCUAAGCAUCGUUGGAAAAUGACAGGCUUGGAGCAGUCUCCCGAUAGUGUCCGAUAUGCAAAAGCGAAUGUUGAAAAAAACAAUCUUACAGAAUCAAUUGAAGUUGUACAGCAAAAUCAGAAUGAAGAAAGCAUAGUUCGAUAUUUUUUGAAUAGCAAUAGUAUGGACAAGUUCGAUUUUUGUAUGUGCAAUCCACCGUUCUACGAUGAGGGUAACAAGGAAGCAAAAAAUCGGACUGGUAAACGAAAAGCAGCAUCAAAUGCUUGUACCGGAUCACAAGAGGAGUUGUAUGUUGAAGGCGGAGAGAUAAGUUUUAUUAAAAAAUUGAUUGAUGAAAGCUUCGAGUUUAAAGACCGUAUUAGCAUUUAUACUACAAUGAUUGGCCAUAAGCAGAACUUUGAAGAAGUUAUUCGAAUAUUAAAAACUCGUUCCAUAUCGAAUAUGACUACUACAAGAUUUUGCCAGGGAAAUACCACUCGAUGGGCAGUAGCUUGGAGUUUUUCUCAAAACUUUAUGCUUUCUCAGGUCCCCGACCAAUUUAAUUUACAGUCUACAAAGAACAAGUUGUCUAAGAAGCGGUUGGAAGGCCGAAUAUUAUCUUUGAAUGAACAGAAUUCUAUCGAGGAUGUUCGAAUCAAAGUUGUUCAAGUACUAUCAUCAUUAGGUCUACAAAUUCAACGUUUGGAAGGAUCUGACGAAAAUACGUUAUGGGAGUUGACAGCUCUAGAAAAUACCUGGUCUCAUCAGCGUCGAAAGAGGCGGGAAUCUAAAAUGAAACCCAGUCUAGAUGAUAGAAAUCUUCAUAAUGAAUUAUGUGAGAAUGAUAAAUCCAAUUAUUCAAUAUCAACGAAGAGGGCGAAAACAGAGCCAUUGGUUAAGGCCGUUUUUUGUGUGAUACAAAAACCGGCAGAUGGUUAUUAUUUAACGUUGAGCUAUCUGAGUGGAAGUGCAGGAAAAAACGUCAUAAAUGAAAUACUGCAAUAUGUUAAAAAUUCAUUGCGAAAUAAUUGUAUGAGUCCAGAAAAAUAGGUUUAAAACUUCGUCUUUUGUCAAUUGAGAAACAAACUAGAUUUUUAUGCUACCGCUACUCUUUAUAUUAACUUCAUUUCAAAAACAAUGUUAGAAACCUUUAGUUUUCAACAAAAUAAGGUAUACCAGAAAUAUGAGUUUUCUGAUUGCACUUUUCGUUUAUACCAUUCUAUUCUAUUUCUUCUAUUUAUGAAU